CCAGUGGGUGUGAACGUACGUGAAACCCAGUGAUCCUCUCGCACCUCCUGAGCUCUGAUACCAAUUGUUGUGCCCGAGGGGUCACUCACUCACACAACACACCACUGAUUUCAGAGAAAAAACUCCAUUUAUAUAUAUACUCACACAAUACGUACAAACUUGAAAAAACCUCUCCGGAAAGAGCUACAACCGGCUCCCCCUCUCAGGACCUCACCCUCUCAGACUCUCUUCAGCUCACCCACACCUCCUCAACCUCUCAAAUACAUUAAUAUUUAUAGGGAGAAACCAGGGAAACACUCCAAGAGCAUUAACUGCUCUUUGCACGCCAAAGGUAUUAAAGGUCCAAAUUGGUUGCUGGCAUUAAUUAGCCGGCCACUGUUCACCCAGAAGAUUUUCUAAGGCUGUCAUCCAGCAACCUUUCUUGACUUCAGGGUUCUCAAUCACACCACACAUGUGGUGAAUUUCCAACACACCCAAGAGUUGAAAAUUGGGUUUGCUUUAAUUUGAAGGUUGCUAAUUGAAGCAGGAUCAUCCUAGUUUCAGUGUUAGGGCCCAUUAGAAGCCUGUUGCACCAUAAGAGCUUGAAAGGUCCUGAAUUUUGAUCCACUAGAGCAAGCACCUUUGGCUCAUUUAGGAGAUCAAUACAUGGCGUUGAGGCAUUAUCUUGGAUUUUCUGAUGGCGAGCUGAUGAGGUCAAACGCGAAGCCUUGUACUAGGUUAAUGAGGCAAACUGCUGGGAUUUUCAGCGUUGGAGGAGCAUUUGGGUUUUGGAUUCUCUGUCGUUUGCAUUAUGGUCCUAGAAUCACAAUUCCCAAGAGCCUUAGGUGGGCAGGUUGUGGAGCCGUCUUUGUGAGUUCAACAACGGCUCUGCUGGUCCGCCUCUUUAGUCCCGAGUGUGAACCCCAGAAUAUAGCUGCUUACGACAAUAAGAAAUGAUGUUUGAUUCUCGUUUUCAUUGGAUUUUGAUGUGUGGAAAUGACCUGUAGUCCCUCAAGGUGGAUGUUGUAUUUUCCAUUUCCUAGAUGUACCUCCGGAACUAUUUCUUGUGAUCAUUAUCCAAAAUUAGCUUGUGAAUUACAGAAA